CGUCAGCCGCGGGCGCCUGCGAGCUGCCCGAGCUCCCAGCACCACCACACCCCAAGCCUCCUCCACCCGCAUCACGACAACCAGACGACUCCAGACAACCUCACGUCGCCUCCCCCGAGUCCCUGCCUGCCGCUUGCCCUUCAGGCUUCAAUUCCACGUCUGUCCCAUCGCCAUCCUUGGUGCGGAGCCGUCGACGACCGCCUCUCGCCAGCCUUCUGAGGCCCUCGAUACGACCGCAUAGCCAUCAUGUCGUCACCGUUCGAUAUCAAUGGCGGCGCCUGUGUGGCCAUGGUCGGAAAAGACUGCGUGGCCAUCGCAUGUGACCUGCGCCUUGGUCUGCAGGCUCUGACAGUCUCCAACAACUUCCCAAAGAUCUUCCAGUACGGCGACGUCUUCCUAGGCCUGACGGGUCUCGCGACGGACGUCACUACCGUCUCAGACCUCUUCCGCUACAAGGUCAACAUGUACCGCCUGCGCGAGGAGCGCAACAUUGCCCCAACCACAUUCGCCAAUCUUGUCUCCUCUUCGCUGUACGAGCGCCGGUUCGGCCCCUACUUUGUCAGCCCCGUCGUCGCCGGUCUCGAGCCCAAGUCGGGCAAGCCCUUCAUCUGCGGCUUCGACUCCAUCGGCUGUAUCGACUUUGCAAAGGACUUCAUCGUCAGCGGAACAGCGAGCGAGCAGCUCUUCGGCAUGUGCGAGAGUUUGUGGGAGCCCGAUUUGGAACCUGAGGAUCUCUUUGAGACCAUCUCACAAGCGCUGCUCAACGCCGUCGACAGAGACGCGUUGUCCGGCUGGGGUGCCCACGUAUACAUCAUUGAGAAGGACAAGGUGACCAAGAGGUUACUCAAGGGACGGCAAGAUUAGGCAUUCACAAGAUGGCGAAAUAAACUUGAGCCACAGCAAAGAAGAGAAAGACACCCAACAUAGAUCUUUGUUCUUCCAGACAAAUCUGACAAAGUCACCUGCUUUGCUGACGUGAAGAUGAGAUGCAAAACAGCGGGUCCUGUGAGACAAGCCUAGAGGACAAGUCUGGAAGCGAACAGGCGGAGUGACGUCUCAUCGUAGUGACUAUGCUAAUCCAGUGAGCUCGUAUUUUCUGUCCUUCUGAUUGUUCCGCGACAUGACUCUGCCCAGAGGCCUGUGCCCUUCCAGGCAUGUAGUGUCGGGCAGCUCAUCUUUUGUACUCUUGAUGUUCCAUUCCCUACGCUUAACUGCUGUGGCUCAUCCGCCUUUUCGUGUGCA